ACCAUGCAAAACGGGGAAUUAAACGGAAGUGGAGAAUAUAAAGACAAACAGGGAGGGGGUGCGGGACUUCCUCUGACAAAAGUUGAAAACAAUGAUGGUAAAAAAGUGCUAACUAAUGGCAUGAGCAGAGUGCACCGAAUAUUAUCUGAGGAUGAAAUAAAUCAAGGGAAAACGACACGCUGGACUGAGCUGGAAAUUCAUGGAAGAGUUCGUAAUCUCUCUAAUGCGCUAUGGCAAGUGAGUCACUUAUCCGCCUUAUUUCUAAAUGGCAAUCAGUUAACGCGUGUUCCGCCCGAAAUAUCGCAGUUAACAAACUUGACAAUGUUGGAUCUAUCUCAUAACAAACUACGGAGCCUUCCGGCAGAGCUGGGUGAUAUGAUAUCCCUCUGCCACCUUUACCUUAACCACAACCAGCUUAGAGUUUUACCCUACGAGCUUGGAAAGCUCUUCAGGAUACAAACUUUGGGUCUCCAAGGAAAUCCUUUAUCUCCUGAAAUCAACAAAAUUUAUCACGAAAGCAACGGAUCCCAUAAAUUAUUACAUUUCCUUCACGAUCACCUAGCAAUUAACACUGCACCGCCACCUGAGCGUGAAUGGGUGAUGAUCCGACAUGCGGAUCCUGAUCGGCCUAUAGCCACCUUCACUGUGCUCUGCUAUAACGUUCUCUGUGACAAGUACGCCACUGUUAACCAAUAUUCCUAUUGUCCGUCAUGGGCUCUCAAUUGGGAAUAUCGGAAAAUGUCUAUAAUGAAAGAAAUUCGGAAUUAUGAGGCAGACAUAAUUACAUUACAGGAAGUGGAAACGGAGCAGUUUCGCCUAAUGUUCCAACCUGAGUUGAAAGUGUUAGGGUACACUGGAAUUUUUUCACCGAAAUCUCGUGCCAAGACUAUGAAUGAAGAAGAUCGGAAGUACGUAGAUGGGUGUGCGAUUUUUUGGAAAUCAGAGAAGUUCGAGAUUGAAAAAGAACACCUGAUUGAGUUCACGCAAAUUGUUGUGAAAAAAGCCGCUACAUCGGAGCAUAUGCUCAACCGAGUAAUGCCUCGAGAUAAUAUCGCGUUGUGUGCUGUUCUCCGAAUCAAGGAGAACGUCUACAACAACAGACGCAUGACAAUGGCUGCAGCAGACAAUGUUGUUGGUACGCCACUUGUUGUUUGUGCUGCUCAUAUUCACUGGGAUCCCGAACUUUGUGACGUGAAGCUGGUGCAAACAAUGAUGCUUGCCCACGAACUAUAUAAACUUCUUGAAGAGGUUGCUGACCAGUUUCGAAUAACGCCACAGCAGACACCGUUGCUCAUAUGUGGUGAUCUGAAUUCUACCCCCGAUUCAGGAGUCUUUGAGUUCCUCUCACGCGGCUCAAUAUCGCGGUCUCACACGGAGCUGAAAGGGUUUCGAGACGAUAGCUGCUUGGAACGCUUCUCUUCUGGCGUUCGCGAUCCAAAUUGCUUCACUCAUUCACUGCGACUCGAUUCCGCUGUUGAUUUGAGCAAUAUACCGUUCACAAACUACACAUUGGAUUUCAAGGGAAUGAUUGACUAUAUUUUUUCGACGCCUCAAUCUUUGGCUCGUCUUGGUUUCCUCGGCGCUUUUGAUUUGAACUGGGUGGCACAAAAUAAGAUCAUCGGAUUUCCACAUCCACAUGUGCCAUCAGAUCACAUACCGAUCAUGGCGCAGUACGCAGUGAUCCCAACGAGUCAUCAACGUGCACCUCCGCCUCCUCACCCUCUCAACAACUACCCUCGAUAG